AUGGAUUUGUUACCCCAUCGUUUAUCUUCAAAUCAAAAAGGAUCUUUUUCUAAAAAAUUACGUGAAAAAUUGUAUCUUGAUCGUGUUUGGAUAGAUAAAAAACCGAUUGGAAAAACAAUGGGUAAAACAGACAAAAUUGAAGAUAUUCCAGAAGUUGAAAUUGCUGAUGCUGGAAAAUUUAAAUACAUUUUAAUUGAAGCUAAAGACAAAGAUCCAACAUUUCAACGACCGAAGUUUCUUGUUCGAGGUGACGCUGAAUCACCCUAUCAUGCUGAUAUUCUUGAUAAAGCAAUAGACAAAAUAGAUGAAACCAAGUUAACAUUAAAUUGUGUUGGAGGAGGCCGUUUAAGAGUUGAUCCAGCACAAAAAACAAUAUUUGUUUUUGGUUAUUCACAAGGUUUUGGUAAAGCUGAUCAUCGAAAAACGGUAGAAAUUUUACAAAAAUAUUAUCAACAAUGGAAAAUUGAAAUAACAGAUGAAGAAUACUAA